UUAAGGAUGAGAAUGAUCCUUGUGUAUCAGCUGCGAAGGGCUGAAACAUUUUAACCUAAAGAACCAAAAUGGGAAAGCCAUCUUCUUUGGUCACUCUCAUUGUUUCAACCCUUUGCUUCUCAGCCCUUUUAGAGUUUGCUCAUGGUGAUAAUGGCACUUACAAUAUUCAAGGAAGGAUUUAUUGCGACCCAUGUCGCUUCCAACAAGAGACCAGAUCUAGCAUUCCUUUGAAAGGCGUUAAGGUGAUUUUGCAAUGCAAAACAUCAGAAGAAGGCAACAUGACAUAUACCAACACUGGAUUAACGGAUCAAAAUGGCGUAUACACUAUUCCAAUGAAUGACAAUCAUGAGAAUAAUUAUUGUGAGAUAUCAACUGAUCAGACUACUCACCCAAGUUGUACUGAGACAGUGGCUGCUAAGGGUGAUAGAGUUACGCUGAUAAACACGAAUGUCUUAUCAUUUUCAACUCGUUUCGUCAGACCCUUGGGGUUCAUGUCCAAAGAAUACGACCCUCGAUGUGCCCUCAUGGUUAAAGAAUAUGAUAUAUUCAACAUUAAGGUUGAUGAUUGAGUUUGGAGAGGUUAUUAAUUAAUUGGAAUGUGAGUUGGUAAUUUAUUUUGCCAAUGAGUUUGCCAUAUUCAAUAAAUGAUUGUCACCAUGAGCCUCUCAUGCUUAUGAUA